AAUUUCUACAACCAGGUCUCCACCCCACUCUUGAAAAAGAUUCAGUUCAACUACCCCCAGGAGUCGGUGUCAGAUGUCACCCAGAGCAGCUUCCACAACUACUUUGGUGGCUCAGAGAUAGUGGUGGCUGGGAAAGUCGACACAGAAAACCUGCAGCACUUGGAAAGCAUCGUCACAGCGACAGCAGCGAAUGCAGAGCUCGUCAUGGAAACCCUGCGAGAUGUUGAAGAACUGGAAGGCUUCAUGAAGAAAGACAAGUAUGCAGAUCCCGAAUUCACUAGGAAGCUGUGGGCCUAUCUGACUGUCAACCAGAUGAUGGCAGAGAGAAACACAGCCCCCACUGCAGCCUUGAAGAGGAACAUCACCAAAUCCAUCCUACAGAUGUCUCUUGACCAUCAUAUUGUUACCCCUUUCACAGCUAUGCUGAUAGAGAAUGCUGAAAAGGAUGAGAUAAUGCUGGCAGACCAGCCCAAAGACCCCAGAAGGGGCUGCUGCCCAGGCACUCUUGGAUUAACUCCAAAUGCACCUAAUAACAACAAAGGUAUCCCAGCCUGGGCCAAUAUCACAGCUGAACCAGUCAGCUUCAUGCCUGAGCAUAAGAGUCCUCCUGUGUCCUCUCUGAGCAUAAACAGAGUUGACAAUGACCCACAUUUCAUCAUACACCUGCCCAAGAGCCAAAGCAACAUCUGCUUCAAUAUCAACUCAGAGCCUGGAAAGAUCCUAAACCUGGUUUCUGAUCCUGUUACUGGAGUUGUGGUCAACGGGCAGCUCAUUGGGGCCAAGAAAAUGGAGAAUAAGAAACUGAACACAUACUUUGGCAAAAUUGGGUUUUAUUUCAAAAACAAAGGCCUGAAAGUAGAGAUCACCACAGAAACGAUAACACUGAAAGAUGGAUCUUAUGGCAUCACACUGACCUGGUCUGACACGGGGCACAUCAUUCGGAAACAGCUCCUCAUAUCAGUGAAAAAAGAAAGCAACGUUACUGUCACCGUGGGUGAAGAGAUGUCCUUCAUGGUUUUGCUGCACCGUGUGUGGAAGAAACACCCAGUUAAUGUCGACUUCCUCGGAAUCUACAUCCCCCCUGAAAAUCAGCUCUCUCCGGCAGCCCAUGGGCUGAUAGGUCAGUUUGCAUCUGAACCAGAAGUGUAUAUCCACCACCAAAGGCCUGGGCAAGAUCCAGAGAAACCACAAGCCACCAUGGAAGUGAAAGGCAACAAGCUCACUGUUACCAGGGGAUUGCAGAAGGACUACAGGACAGACCGGGUGCGUGGGACUGACGUGCAGUGCUGGUUUGUGCACAACAGCGGGAAAGGUUUCAUAGACGGCCACUACAAAGAUUACCUCGUCCCCCACCUGUACAGCUUCCUGAAGAAGCCCUGAAUGCUCCAACACAAAAACAGUUUAUUACAAAAAAAAUUCUGAUCUGCUCCUUCAUACCUAAACUCUUCCGAGCAGAAGCUGUCAGCAUAUCAAGUCAGAGCAACCCAAGCUGACUUCACCACUAUUUGCUUUAUGAAUAAUCAGUGUUUCAAAGCAAUGUAACUCCCUUUUCCAUUAAAAAA